AUGGAUCAACAUCAUCGAAUUGCGCCCGUGGUCUUUGAGCUAGGAGACGAGAAUAGAAGAGUGCGCUCUAAACCGGACACUUACAUCUCUGUUUCUCUCGCAAAGGAAGGCAAGAAUGAAUCGGCGAUGUUGAAAAUCCUAGAGCUCCGGCAAUUUCUCUAUCAGAUUGGUAACGGUUACGAUCCAUAUCGAGAGUGGCUAAAGAGUUCAACUUAA